CGGGGAGUCGUCGGAGCUGGUGGCAAAAAGGUAGGUUCGCGUCGACAGCGAGGAUCGCGAUUACGAGGAAGCUACGAGGAAGUCGGUGAAGCCCCCUCCAAUGUUCUAUGGUAUUUCCCACUCGAUUACAACGCUUCGAUUAUUUCCGUUCGCGCCGUAUAACCGGCCAUCUAUUCGUCCUCGUCGGACUCGAAGGGUCGCGCGUUCCGGUGGUCCAUUUGUCUCCGUUCGUCGAACGCGUUAUACGGCGCGGCAAGUCUGGCGCAUGCGCACUGUCGCCGGUCUCUCAUGGCGCGCGCGAGAGGAGUGGGGUGUGUGGCGGCAAGCUUCCAGCGGAGAUCGCAACUCGCGGCUCAGUCGCUCGCCAGCUCCGACGCUCAGUGAGUGAAUUUUGUCGCGUAGUCGUCGUCGUCGUCGUCGUCGUCGUCGUCGUCGUGCCUCCGAAAGACUCGAGUCGUGUCCAAAGUGAAAGGAAAUCCGUUUCGUGUGUCCUCCUCGAAUUCGUCUACCGCUCGCCGUAGAUCCGCAGUAGCCUCCUCUGGAGAAAAUACGAUAAAAAGGACAGAACGAAGAGAAGGGAAGGGAAGAGAAGAGAAGAGAAGAGAAGAGAAGAGAAGAGAAGAGAAGAGAACAGCGGUGAGGGAGAGUGAUAUUCGAGUGGUGCCGACUGUGAUACACUUAGCCCGCGUAGAUAGCUCUGUGAUAUACGCGUAUUAUACACACAUGGAUAUUUCGAUAGCUCUGAACUUUUCUCGUACGGACACCGAAAGCCGAUAUCCGCCGUGUGGUACAGAUAUCUGCUGAACGUUUAAUCGUUGUCGUCGAACGGGAAUCUCUGGUUGUGUGCGAGCAACAUAGGGGAUCCGUACGAUUAGCGGGGAUAUUGGAAUGGGUGUAUAAAUAAAUACGUAGAAGGUGCGGAAGAAAGGAGAGGGAAAGAGAUAGAAAGAGAGAGAGAGAGAGAGAGUGAGUGAGAGAGGGACGGACGGACGGACGGACGGACGUACGAACGGAGAGAGAUAGAGAAGAAGAGCAGCGGAAGAAAAGAUACACGUGCGCGUGGUCGGUGUCUCGAGGAUACCUGUGGAUGCCAGGCUGUAGUCGCGACGUAUUAGGGCGCGGAUUUCUGCCCGAUGACCGCCGAGGGGAUUCGCUUCGACUCGCUAACCGAUCUACACCAUUGAUAUUACGCCGCAUCGGACGGUUUAUCGGCUAAGCCGCGAUCGAGCCGAAAACCCUUCGAAUCGCGACAAAUGCUCCUCGGUGUAUCUCUGACCAGACACUCGACGAACGUCUUAAGAUCUCAUCCAUCAAACGCUUAAUUGGAUUGGAUGCAGUAAAAUACGAAAACCGAAAUACGAGUCAUGGAGAAGGAACCCCCGUAUUAAGAGAAGGGAAGAUAGAGAGAAAAACGUGUUAUGAAAUUGUUGCCGUCGAUUCAGCUGCCGCAAUUGCCACCGGUCUCGGCCGGGGGUGGAAUGACGGGGAUGGACUCUCGACUACCACCGGGUAUAUCUCUGCCUUUUAGCCCGACAGAGCUGCUCUGGCGAUACGGACCUGCCAUGAAUUUUCCACCCACUCAUCCUCCACCGAGUCCCUUUCUCGAUUUCAAGACGCAUCUACCAGCUAGUUUGGCUUCGGAUCCACGGCUAUGGUCCCGCGAGGAUGUGGCGACGUUCCUGCGAUGGGCCGAGCGAGAAUUCGACCUACCCCAAUUCGACAUGGACAUGUUCCAAAUGAACGGCAAGGCGCUCUGCCUGCUGACAAAGGCGGAUCUGGGAGAGAGGUGUCCAGGCGCUGGCGACGUGUUGCACAACGUGCUGUCGAUGCUGGCCAGAGACUUUAGCCAGCUUCAAAGAUGUCUUCCCAGCAGUCCAGUGACGCCUACGAGGCCCUCUGCGUAUCCCCUCAGCCCUCAUUCGCAUCCUCCUACCCCGACCUGGACGGAGAACCCGUACACGGCGAAUCUGGCCUCGUUGAUGUCGGCGAAUUCGGUGACGCUGUCUCCGGCGCCCUCGGUCGACAGUCAAGCGGGUUCGCCGGGCCACACGGAAGGUACUCAGAGUCAGGUCUACAAAAGCGACUCGGACGAGGACAAUCAACAGGCGGCGACCGGAAGCCCACCGGCCACCCCGACCGCCCUCGCGGCGCAGAGGUUAAGCGAAGUUUGCGUCAAAGAUCAGCCCAGUCCCACGUUGACGCAACCGAUGAUGCCUCUGACGCCCGGUGCCUUCAGAACCAACCCUGCCAACGCCGCGAGAGAGUUUUUCCCCAGCGACUCCCCGGAACCCAAUACGAAUGGUAGACUCUUGUGGGAUUUUCUGCAACAACUUUUGAACGAUCCCUCGCAACGGUAUACGCACUACAUCGCGUGGAAAAGUCGGGAAACGGGGGUAUUUAAAAUCGUUGACCCCCCUGGACUUGCGAGGCUCUGGGGCAUCCAGAAGAAUCAUCUUUCGAUGAAUUACGAUAAAAUGAGCAGAGCUCUCCGAUACUAUUAUCGAGUGAACAUCUUGCGAAAGGUCCAAGGAGAACGACACUGUUACCAGUUUCUGCGAAAUCCGACGGAGCUGAAGAACAUAAAGAACAUAUCUCUGCUGCGUCAGCAAAUGCGGAUAAAGUCGGAGCCGGAAGAAGAAGGCGGAAGCGGCGUCGAGCCGGAAAUCGAUAUGCCGACGGACCUCUCCAUGUCUAGUAUGAGUCAGCCAUCCAGCGAGCAGCAACAACAACAACAGCAGCAGCAACAACAGCAACAGCAGCAACCUCUGUCUCUUCACGACCCACCGGCAAAGUAUAGAAGUCACGCGUAUAAUCUCGUGAAAACUAAUCAAGAGUCGGAAGAGAAAAAGUGACGCGAGACAUAGCCCCGACCCGACUGUGCGUUUUUAACGCCAACCGAGUCAAUGGAUCAUGUACUAUAGAACGUACUCGUUGCUCGAUCAGAGACGGUCGUGUUUCGAGAUGAUGCGAAAAAAUGUACGUACCUUCUGUUAAAUAGACGAGAGCUAUCUCGACAAAGUCGCUAUAGCCUUUGCUUUCGCAAUGACUAUGCACACAUCUAGGGAUAUUUGUUGCUGAAUACAACUGUUUGAACAAGACCCGCGUACAAGUUAGUUGCGUAAAAAUCGACGUGCGAUCGAUGUUUACAGGGCAAAAUACACGACGAAAGACUGACGAAUAAAGAUAUCGUGCGAGUUACCGCGUCAAGCGACGAAAACAACGGUGUCCAAAGCAGCAAACAACGGUUGCCUCGGUCGUGAUUAGCCGAUGACACGCCUCGGAUAGUCGACCGCAUCACGAUGCAUUUUAUUUCGACGUUGGCCGCAACUUCGAACAACGUCCAACCGAUUUUGAAUCGGGCUCGAGGAUGAGCAACGAACAAACAGCGGUCCAUCGAUUUCCACGCGUUUCAAAUAGAUAAUUGGCUGCGCGGAACCUCGUCAAGUACGCCAGGAGCCAAUUGUCGUGCUACCAUUGUGGAGGACGCUUCGGUGAAGCUUGAACUUUUCGCGGAUAUUCCGCCAUCCGUUUUCCAUCCUUCGUGUGAACGCACGUGCGCGAGUGUGAAACGUUUCUCGCUUCUACAACGAACUACUUUAGAAAUGCUUAUAGAGCGUUAUCGACGAACGUACAAAACGGUGUGUUCGGGAAACGAUCGAGCUAUUUUAUUCCAAAGUUCUUCUGUGAUGUAAACUUUGACCUGAAAGUAAAUUUUCCCGGGGUAAAAUAUGCUUUUUAGUAUAACUAGAGAUUGGAUAUAUCCAACGUUCUCUUGUUUGAACGAAGAAAAGGACAUCUUGAUAUUAGUUUAAAAUUAACGUAAUAUAGCUCAAAUCGUUUGAAGAGGAUCCAAUGUUGUGCGGUCCGUUUUGUAAAUAACUAAGUUUGAGAAAAUUUCGAAAAUGGUUUCCCGUUGCACCGACUCAGUUGUGCCAAUCUAAUCGUCGGUAAUUACGUACAUAUACGCGUUUUUUAGUUUAGUGUGCUGUAAAAAAGGAAACGAAAAGGGAAAAAUGACGCGAUCACCGCUUCAAGUGGUCAAAACGAUACCGAAGAUCGUUCGUAUCCCUGCAUCUAUCUAAUAGAUACUUGUACAUAAAUUGACGAGCUAUUGAGAGAGAGAGAGAGAGAGAGAGAGAGAGAGAGAGAGAGAGAGAGAGAGAGAGAGAGAGAGAAAAGUAUAAUAGACUCUAUGAAAGCGGACAAAAUUGUGCGAGAGUUUUAAGGAAUUCGGGGCCAGAGUUAUAUAUAUACAUAUAUAUAUGAAUAUAAAUUUAUGUAUAAAUAAAUCUCUAUAUAUAUUAUAUAUAUAUAUAUAUAUAUUUUAGUACCGGAGAGAAAUUUAUAAUCGAAAUUUCUACGUUCGUUGUCGAUGCGAUUGUGUGACUCACAUUCCUCGCCAACGGAACCUAGACUUUAAACAAAAAAAGAAAAAAAAAAAAAAAGAAAAAGAGAAAAAAAAGAAAAAGUAAAAAAAAAGGUGGUAUGUAACUAGGGACCGAAGGCGUGUGUAUGAUUAGAAAGUGGUUUUAAGAUCGUAUUUUUUACAAAAGACUCGCAUACAAACGGGACAGAGAGUAUGGAAAAGUUCUUACGAGCGAAUCAAUGUACGUUUACGUACGUGUGAAUGAGUGUGAGCGUGUGCGAGAAAGCAAGACGAGGAAAGACAAAUAAGUCUGCAAAUACGAAAAGUGCAUUAGCAAGCAAGAGAUUUAUAUAACUGAAGAAAGAAAAAAAACCGUUGUAUUUCGCUAUUUGUAUACUGUGAUCUACGUGAAGUUUUUAUCAUAAAAAGAUUCAAAUGCAUAAGAAACAAUCGUGUAUAUAAUUUUCAUGAGAGAACAAUUUAUAUUAAUGAUAAAUAUAUUGAAAUACACAUA